AUGUCAGACAACCACAUCCGCAAGAUCGCCCUCGUAGGCGCAAGCGGCAACAUCGGCAGCACAACCCUCACCCACCUCCUGCACUCCCCCCACCCCAUCCACAUAACCGCCAUCAGUCGCCCCGACUCCACCGCCACCUUCCCCACCCACUCCCGUCUCACAGUCCUCAAAGGCAGCUACGACGACCCCACCUUCCUCGCCCAAGCCUUCGCAGGUCAGGAUCUAGUAAUGUUCGCCCUGUCCUUCAUGGCGCUCAACGCGGAGAAACCUAUGAUCGAGGCGGCUGCUAUAGCGGGCGUGAAGUGGAUUGUGCCGAAUGAGUAUGCGGGGGAUGGGUUGAAUAAGUCCAUGGUGGAAGGGGUGCCGGUUUUCGGGCCGAAGAGGGAGACUAGACGAUAUGUUGAGGAGUUGGCGGGGAAGUAUGAGGGUUUGAAAUGGAUUGGGGUGGCGACAAAUCCGUUUUUGGAGUUUUGUUUGGGAAGGAAGUUGUUUGGGAUUGAUCAGGAUGAGAAGACCGCGACGAUCUAUCCAGACGCGGGGAGUUUUAAUACGAGCACGAUGGAGAUGAUUGGGCUGGCGAUUGCGAGGAUGCUUGCACUUCCCAUUUCGAAUUCGGAGGAUAAGAGGAGCAGUCUGGAAUACUACGCCAACAACUUCCUCUACGUCUCCUCCUUCUGCGUCACGCAAAGGCAGCUUCUGGCUUCUGUUCAGAAGGCUACGGGGACGAAGGAGGCCGAGUGGAAGGUGGAUGAGAGUAAGACUGUGAAGGGUUGGGUGGAGGAAUGUCGGGAGGGGUUGAAGAAGGGGGAUAUGAAGGCGGGGUGGGGGUUGACGUUUGCUUAUUAUAUGGGUGAGGGGUUGGGAGGGAAUUAUGAGAGCAAGGCGCGGGAGGAUCGGAGGGUGUUGGGGUUGCCGGAGGAGGAUUUGGAUGAGAUUGUUAAGGGAGUGGUUGGUGGUGGGAAGUAG